AUGGCCUCCCACCAGCAACGCCACACCGCCGCCACCACCACCACCGCCACGACCACCACACCACCAGCACCACUACUACCAACACCGCCACUGCCACCGACGUGGAGGCACUGCACCUCUCUCACAGUUUUCGCCACUUUUUCGCACGGCCCUCGCCCACCUCCGUCACAUACAUAUUCCGUGGAGCAGCCAGCGUUUGCGCGCACCUUCGUUUCACUCGACGGUCGUUGCCGGAAUAGGCGCUGCACCACCGCCGCCGCCGUGGACGCUGCUGCUGCUCCCGUUGCCGCUAAUCCACUACUGACUGCCCGUACCUGUCGUUCCAACACGCACGACCGCGAUCGGGGGAUCGCUCGGGCUCGACUGCCGCACGACGAUCUGACUUCGGCCAUCUUCGGAACGCCUCGGCGGUUUACGCUCACUUUCCGCGCAGGGACGACGAUAUCGUGGGCGCAUCAAGCGCCCCGUCCCCGUUUCCUCUCGAAUGACUCAUGUGCCACACUGACGACAUAUGGACACAUUGCCACGUGA